ACAGCCAAUAAGAUCAUGUUCUUGUUCUCAGAAGGCUACGAGCCGCUGCCGGUGCCUGAGUGGGCCCAAGCCUUCAUGCUACUGAUUGGUGGCCUUGAAGUUGGCCUGGCCCACUACCCCUUCUUUGCCUGCCUUUCGUCACAGUUCCGACUGGUCAGCUCCGUUUUUGGCUUCUGCUACUCUCUGACCUGGUUUGUGGUCACCCUUCUUCAAGUCUCCCAGUGCCCCCACGGCCCGUUCCUUGGGAGGUAUGAGACCAUCAUGUUCCACUGGCCCUCGCUACUGUGCUUGGCUUUCCUGCUAGGCCGCUUCCUGCACAUGUUUGUCAAGGCGCUGAGGGUCUACCUGGGCCGGGAGCAGCAGCCGGAAGAAACUGGGAUGCUGGAAGCACACCAGGUCCAACAUGUACAAGAGCUGCUGCGGAAGCCAUGCCCCAGAGAGAAAAAAAGGUCUUGGUUCCAAACCAGGAUAUAUGAGUGGGACCCCUGCUUCCACUUUCCCAGCAGAAUGAUCGGAACCAUCGUACUGGCUUUCAUAUGUCUGUAUCUUUUCAUCGUGAUUGAGUUCUGCAUGUUCGUGUACAUCAAAGGCAGGCUGGACGUGUUUGAGGUCAAGCUGGAGGGCUACCUUACCUCUGUGAACCAGACGGGGACCCUGACCCCAAUCAUCCUGCAGGUGAAAGAGCUGAUCAGCGUCAGCAAAGGAGUCUGGGUGGUGACCAUUUUGCCUGCUUCCUUCACAUGUGUGAGCUACUUGUUCCACAUUUUAGUCCGUUACAGGACGCACAUAAAGAGGCUGUGGGCCGGAGACAAGCACUUCCUCCCCCUGAAGUUCCAGAACCCUUCCUCAUCAGAGAGUGUGGUGGCACUUGCAAGGUACUCUGGCUGGCAAAUCGCUUACAUUCUCUGGGGCUACCUUAUCAUCCACGUGGUACAGAGCCUGUGUGGCGUGGCCAUCAUGUACAGUCUGGUGCUGCCCUGUAUGCACAACCACACUCUGGAGAUGCUCCGAGGGUUGGGCAUUGGGAUCCUCACCGUGUCCAUCGUCGUGGGCCUCAUGAUCCUGCAGGUGUGGAUUGCCUCCAGUUUCUUCCUGCAACCCAAGCUGGGCCCGGCAGACAAGCAAAAGCCCCUGGCACUCAACAACAGGAGAGCCUUCCACAACUUCAACUACUUCCUGUUCUUUUACAACGUGCUGCUGGGCCUGGGGGCCUGCCUCUCCCGGCUGCUCAUCAGCUGUGUCUUGGGCACAUGGUUCAUUGCACGCAUUGACAGGACCAUCAUGCAGAGUGGCUACGAGAAGGCAGACAUGGGCUUCAGUGCAUGGACUGGCAUGCUGUACGUGGACCAUUAUCACACCAACCCUGUGCUCGUCAGCUUUUGCCACAUCCUGAUUGCAGGCCAGCGGGAAAGGAAGAUGCAGAGCAGCAUCAAGUACUGCUAUCUAAACUAUCCCCGCAUCUCAGCCAGGUCCAGGACGAGAUGGUUCCUGCUACAGACCCUGAUCAACAACCCCAGGCUUGUCACGUUCAGAAAAUCAAAACCAGAGCCCUGCUCCUAGGGGAUUACCCAGACCCUAUGAACAUGCUUGGAGCGCUGGCACUCGCUCCCACACCUUACCUCCCAGGUCAGGCCAGACCACACACCCCUGAAAAAGGCUCAGGCUUAACCAGCAGCUGUACCCAUGAUGAGAUGGCACCAUUACCAUGCUUGCGAAUAGCAGUUGGCAUUGACUACCUGUGGGAUGGCCGCUGGGACUGAAGCCUCAAGACUGCUUCACUCCAUUAACAGAAGAAGAAGAAA